CGCAGAAAUAAACAUCAGCCACCCUCCUGUUUCGUACACAGAAUUUACUGCUUCAAUAGCCACCGCAAUUGAUAUAUACACCGCUUAAGUAUUAAAAGACCUACUUGUUCCGUUACCCGAGUGUCUACUUUCUCAAACUACUAAGCUGCACAAGCUAAUUUUGAGCUCGAGCUUUGAACUGGGUUGAUAAUAACUUACGGUGCUAACAAUAAUAAAUAAACCUCUGACUUGUCAUUUUUUUUCCUUUAGUGUGAAAAAAAAGGCUGAUCAUCUCGAACAUCAAAACAAGAAAGGACCACGACCUCACCGCGGUGGUACGAUGAAAUUGAAAUAUUUCCUUCAACUGGGAGCAGCACUUCCUUCCGAGCAACACCUCCUUGCCGACGCCGCCGCUUGCAGCGCGACGUGCGCCAACGAAUUCCGCACGGGGUGUUUCAAGCAUCAAUGCACGAUCAUGGGGAAAACCACGGCCGCUGCGAUCAACGCCUGCCGGCACGAGCUGGACAACCAGAUCGGCCCGAUCGCCAACCGUUGCCCGGGGGAAGUCGGUUGCACGGUAUGCAUUGCAAAAGAAACAAUCGUACUAGUAUAAAUUGCAUUACAAAUUGACUCAGCAUUACAAAUUAAGUUUGUCAUGCGGAUUUGCCUUAAGAAAAAGAUUUGUAAUGCAUAAACGCAAUUAGUACGAGCACGAUACUUGUUUUGCACUGCAUACUCGUUGACAACAAGCGAUUUGGAUUGUUCCACCCAAGUCGGCCCCUCUGCAGCCGCGCAGGCGGCGCACGUAUCAAAUGUAAAAAUGUCUGGGUCUGGAAGAAUGCAAGUUUGUCAUGCUUGUCUGGCAUGAUUCGAGAAUCUGGGUUGCAUAGGCACCAAAAGGCCCUAUUACCUUUCAUGCGAAAACGCAGUUUGCCAUGCGGAAUACGUAAGACAUGGCAGCCAAAAAAUUUGUCAUGCAUAGCUGCGUACUGCAGUGCGUCUAUCAUUCACUUUUAGCAUUACAAGUUUCCAGACGCAGACAUUUUUGCACUUGAUAGCACGCGGCGCGUUGCAAGACCGCGACGCCGACGACACCGGAUGCGUACUCCGCAUCGUCGUUUGGCGCCACGAUCCGCAUCGUCGGCGACAGCUGCUUGUCCGGCGACGGCGUGCAAGCGGGACUCGCAGAGACGCUGCAGACGACCGUGACCAAUUGCGCGAAGGGCGGCGCGAAAUUGUCCGAAAUCUACUCGUAUCCUGUGCAAAAGUAUCGUACUCGUAGUAAUUGCGAUCAUGCAUGACAAACAUCCCUUUUUAGGUAAAUCAGCAUUACAAAUUCCAUUUUUCUUUUUGAAAAAAUUUGUGAUGCAAUUUAUACUAGUACGAUACUUUUGCAAUGCAUAACUCUUUGCAGACCGCGUGCUCGUCCGAUAGCAACUGUCCGAAGUGGUCCAUUGUGGGUGGCGGACGCAACGGGGUCGGAACCUCCGCCGACUUCGGCGCGACGCCCGCCCCGACGACCACGCUGGAAGCGAUGCGGAUCUUAGUGAACCGGGAAACGGCGGCCGGACGGAAGGUGGUGCUUUUUCUGUAUCCGCCAGACCAGGCGACCGUCGACCCGGCGUCGGCCAUCAACACGUUCCAGAACGAAUUCAAGGAGGACCUCGUGAACAACAGCAUAUGCAAUACAAGUUUCCCGUACAUGUACAAGAUGCAUCACAAAUUUCACCAAUUUAAAGGGUAAAACUUGUCAUGCUAGACUAGGAUGGAGUCCAAUUUUUGUCAUGCAGAGACCGCAUGUGUACGUGCUGUACGGGAAAUUUACAUUGCAUACAGCACGGUCUUCGUCUACGACCCGCGGUUGGAUACGCGGUUCGAUUUCCUGGACCCCAAUUCCCGCCAGUACCGCGCGACCGACAACUCGCAUCCGAGCGAGCUCGCCCGGACCGAGAUGGGAAAAGCGCUCGGGGCGCUGAUUCAGCAGUGGACUUCUGCCGCAGGGAGUAGUAGUUCAAGUUCUUCUUCGGGAACGGGUACUGCAACUGGCACGGGUACUACGGGCAGUACGGCCGGGACUGGGACGACCGGGACGACCGGCGCUACAACUACCGGCUCCGGUACCACUGGAACUGGUACAACUUCUGGCAACAACCCUGGACAACAACAAGAAAACGGCGCCAUUACAGUUUCGAACGCUGAAAAAGCGUCGGGCGGGCGGGGUCCGUUUUGGUCCAAGAUUUUGUUUCUUGCAGGUGGAAGCUGGUGGCAUGCGCGCAGGGCGAAUCAGGGGAAUCUACGGGGUGGAGCAGGGAGAGGUGGACGUCGUGGCCGGAACGAUUAAACGCACUACGUCGACGUGAACUAAGCGAUCAUUAUUUUGGUUUCUUGAGCAUGAACUUUCGAAUAGAUGAUCGACGGCCUGAUGUUGCGACAAGAGGCGCACUUUCAUCAGUUACAGCAGUAAAGGAGGUGCAAAUUCAUGAUGAGUCACGCCUAGUAUCAGAAUGGAUUAUAACUUCUACAUACAAAAACAACACACAGCGCACGGCAAUCUGCCAUCCCUAUCUCGUGAUCUGACUGCAUGGAAUUGAAUUCGAACAUCACUUAAACCACAAUGUUGUUUCCACCAUCCACCUGCAUGGUAUCGAAAUCUCCACUAUCACACUGACAGCUUGGUGACGUUGUCGAAAAUAAGUAUGCCGCGACUGCAGUAGACGCGGAUAUUCAUAUUAAUC